CUCAAUCUUAUCCAAUUGUCACGCAGUUAUUGCUCGACCCUCCACGUCACUUUUUCCAGAUCUGAUCGGACGGCGGAUAUUCCAUCUUCAUCAAAUACUCUAGCCUGCUCGUGAUACCAUCCAUAAAUAUCGUCACAAGCUUUAAACAUCGCAUUCAGUGCUAAAUAAGACGGACUCGAACCACGCUACUCUUGCUAACGUGCGCAGGCUCCAGCCUCUGAAAAACUGUGAUCCGAUGAGUCUACUAGACCAGCUCUGGGACGACACGGUCGCGGGCCCCCGGCCCGACACCGGCCUCGGCAAACUCAGGAAACACUCAACCUUUAGCUUCCGGCCAAACUCCGGCAAGGAACCAGAAGUUGCGAACGGUGGGAGAUCCACCGGAGAAGAAGCCGGCGGGGGUGCCGUGAGAGUGACGAGAAGCAUAAUGAUCGUAAAACCGCCGCAAGACAACCAGAAGGACUCGCCGCCGGUUUCUCCGGCCGGAUCCACUCCGCCGGUGUCCCCUUUCUCCGGUAAGCUUUUUUCAGUGGCGGUGGAAAGGAAGCUUUCCGGUUCCGUAGGAGGUCGGCAUCGUUUGCUUACGAGAGGGCUAAUGGAGUGGGACCCAAAAGUCCUCCUCCUCCGUACGACCUUUGAGCUUUGAGGACAUGAUCGUCUUUUCUACUUAAUGUCUGUUUGGGAUUUCUGUUUAUUUCUGGUUCGAUUGUAUGAGUUUCUUUGCUAGUGUGUGUACGAUUAGCUCCGUAUAUAGGGUGUGAAAUGUAACUUUUAAGUUUAUAUCCAAGCAUGUGUUGCGAAUCCGAACUUUCAAUAGUGCGUGUUUUGUAUGCUAUCUCUCAUUCUAUAUAAUCAUAUAAGUUAUGUUUUUC